AUGGCUUAUGCCUAUCAGCCCUUGGAGGUAGGCACUGUGUCGUAUGUUCUACAUAAUCUGCGGAACAGUGCAACAAAGGAAUAUAUCAGCAUAGAUGAGUCGUGGACGGGCAUCUACUCUUUCAAGUUAGAGUUGGUCAUCCGACAAUCAUUGAGAUGCGUCCUCAAUUGCGCGGCAUUAAAUGCUUUCUUGGAAGAAGUGGUGUCGCAGCCCGAAUUUCUUCGAUUAGCUAUUCAUCGUCAGGAGCCAAUUCUACAAAUAACGUUCGUUCGGUACAGAUUGUGCGAGCCCAGUUGGUCGGACAAUUCGAUUUCCGUGCAGGCAGCUGAGCAAGUUCGAGUAGUUUUAUCGGAAUCGAACAAACGCAGUUUCUUCAAGAGUGAUGACAUUAUUAGAAGACAACCUGAUGAUCCCACCAACCAAGGUGAUCAAGCCAGCUGCAUACACAGUUGUGAGGGUUGUAACAAUAGUUGUGCCGAGGAAACCAGCAGGCGACUAAGUGUGUUUCAAAGGGCUAAGGAUGAGAGUCCCGAUGAAAACUUCCUUCACCUGUACAAUUUAUCAAAGCGUUUCAUUAUACCGGUACCUUCCGCUAUCCUUGAAUCAACACUACUUCCUCUCGCUUCGGAGGCCAUAAAAGCUACCGAAAAACUCACGUUUAUCGCAUCUCGGUCUGAACACACCAGCCUCAAACGACAGAUGUAUCUGUUAGCAUUUCACCAUAGACGCCUUUUGUGCACACAGAGGUUGAUAUCGGUGAUUAAUGGUCAUUCACUGGAUAUCGCCUCUCUAGUCCGCUGA